CUUGACCAUAGACAAUUCAUUUUUUGAUAUGGCAAUGUUUAAGAUUAUGUCAACUUGACAGAACGGACAAGACCGGAAACUCUUUUUCGUGAACACAGUGUUUAUGUAAAGACGUUGUAAGGACGUCAUGCCUUUCGCACGGUUUGUAGAACCAGGGCGUGUUGCCCUGGUAGCAGACGGUCCCUUGAAGGGAAAGUUAGUGAGCGUGGUUGAUGUUAUUGACCAGACUCGCGCUCUCGUCGACGGGCCUUGCAGCGGCGUCUCACGUCAACAGCUCCGCCUCAACCAACUGCAUCUCACCAAGUUCCGUCUCAACUACCCAUUCACAGCACCCACACGCGUCGUGAGGAAAGCAUGGACAGACGCUAAGCUGACCGAAAAGUGGACAGAGAGCCAAUGGGCUACCAAGCUCGCCAACAAAGAGAAGCGUGCACAGAUGACCGACUAUGACCGCUUCAAGCUGACGUCCGCUCGCGUCAAGAGGAACCGCGCGAGAACAGCAGUGUUCAAGAGCUUGAAGGUGAAGGCAGCCCGCUCCGGUAGCUUCGGCAAGAAGCGUGUACCCAAGGCGGCGGUCAAGAAGGUGCGCACCAAGAAGCCCAGCGGCAAGAAACCGGCGAAGAAGUAAUUCUAGUGCCUCUAAAAGGUUAAUGUGUGACUAUCAAGGGACAGUAAAUAAAGAAUUACUCUAAGCCAA